AGUUCAGGGAGGGACAUGAGAAAGGAGGAGAAGGGUUUAAAAAGCAGACCUCCUUCCCAGUUAAUGACAGUGUUGCGAGAGGCUCAGCUUUGUGCGAAGGACGAACACUGCAAAGAUCAGAUUGUAAUCUCAGACUCCAGCUUCAGAGCAGAUAUGUCUUUCUUCACAACUGUGGCACUCCUGGUUUUUCUGGCUAUUGCUGUGGGUACCAGUCAGGGGGAUCCAGGAGUGCCUCAUCAAUGUCAGUGCAUCGAGAAGGAGCGUAAGCCCAUCGGACGGAAUAUAGAAAGGGUGGAGGUGAUCCCUGCCAACCUUCACUGCUCAGAAACUGAGAUUAUUGCCACUCUUAAAAACACUGGGAGAGAGGUCUGUCUGGACCCUAAAGCUCUGUGGGUCCAAAGAGUGCUCCAGAGAGUUUUGGAAACCACACCUUGAAGAAUUACGGACCGGGACACGUUUUCGCAGGAAGGGUUCACGUGACAGCGGUUGUGCCUAAAAAUCGUCAACACAACAAUGAGUGCGGACACAAACAAGUCUUUAUUCUGAAGAGUGUUACACUUUCAAAGAGCUGUUUUUAAAAGCGAUUAAAAUACUUGUGUGAUGGAAAUUUGACCUGGUGAGACUACUGAAAUAAAGAGAUUUGAGAAAAAUA